UGUGCGCCUCAGGGCGCGCGUCCCCGGUCCUCCCGCGGCUCCCGCGCUCCUCCCCAGUCUCCCCGGCUCGCGCGGCCGCUCUCGGCGUCCGGCCGCUGGGCGCCCGGGCGGGCGGGGGCUGCGGGGGGUGUGUCGGCGCGUUCCCGCGCCCUCCAACCGCUUGCCGCCCGGGGCGCCCUCGGCCUGGCCUUGGGGGCGGGGCGGCCGGCGGGGAGGGGGCUGCUCCGUCCGCGAGGGCGGCGCGCUGCGGGGUCGGCGGCGGCGGCGGCUGCAGCCUCGGCGGCGCGCUCCCGGCAGCCAUGUACCGCAGCGGCUCCCGCUCCUCCGUCUCUUCGCACCGGCCGAAAGACGGCGGCGGGAGCGGUUCGCGCUCCGGCCGCUCCGCCGGCUCCUCCUCAGGCCCGGCGCGCCGCCCCUCGCCACCGCCGCCGCCCUCUUGCUCGUCGCUGCGGCUCCCCUCCCGCCGCCACCGCUCGCCCUCCGGCCACCGCAGCCGGCGGGCCUCGCCGUCCCCGCCUCGGGGCCGUCGCGGCUCCCGCUCCCCGCCCCGCGGCCACCGGGCCUCGCCGUCUCCUCCUCGCGGCCGGCGGGCCUCGCCGUCCCCUCAGCGGGGUCGUCGCGGCUCCCCGUCCCCGCCGCGCGCCCGUCGCGGCUCCCCGUCGCCGCCGCGGAGCCGGCGACUCUACCCGCCGGGCCUGGCUGGCUUCCGAGGCAGCAUUCGAGGCGAGUCCCGCGCCGACUUCGCCCGGGACGGCCGCGGAGACCAUCCAGGCGACGGCGGCAGUCGGAGACAUUCUCCGGGUCUGUGCUCUGAUUCUUCUUUGGAGCAGAGUUUAAGGAUCACGGUUGGCAAUGACCACUUCUGUCCUAGCACACCAGAGCGGCGGCGGCUCAGUGACCGGCUGGGGUCUCCAGUGGAUGGUCUGGAGGACGUGGGCAGGGAUGACCCGACUGAUGAUUCUGUCUUCACUCGAAGCUCCCAGUGCUCUCGAGGCCUUGAACGAUAUAUUUCUCGGGAGGAGGGACCACUUAGUCCCUUCUUGGGACAACUUGAUGAGGACUACCGGACGAGAGAAACUUUUGUGCAUCGAUCUGAGUAUAGUCCCCAUAUCAGUUGUCAUGAUGAACUGUUGAGGGGAACAGAACGGGAUAGAGACAAACUCAAAAGCUCCUCCUAUUCCAUAGGAUCUGAGGAAAGAAGCCGAGAGGCCAAAAGGCCCCGUUAUGAUGACACAGAGAAGAUACACGGCAUGGGAGGAGAUCACUCAAGUUUUACAUCUGGGACUCGCAACUAUCGACAGCGAAGAAGCAGCCCAAGCCCUAGCUUUCUUGACCCUGAGUUUCGAGAACUGGACCUUGCCAGGAGAAAGCGAGAGGAAGAGGAGGAACAAAGUAGGAGCUUGAGUCAGGAGCUGGUGAGCGUUGAUGCUAGGACUGGAUGUUCCAUCCCUGGGUUGUCAGGUGUCCUAACAACAGAGGAGCCAGGAUAUUCUUUGCAUCGGCCUGAGGAAGUACCUGUGAUGCCUAAGAAGUCCAUUCUGAAGAAACGAAUUGAAGUGGACACGAAGCCUUCCUUGCAGCUUGAGAGCUUUUCCAGCAGUACCAGCUCCAGCCAGGAUUGCCCCCUCUAUUCUGAGCAUCCACCUCUUCCACUAAGUGGUGCUAUUGCUGCUUUUGCUUCAGAGAUUGAAAACAAAGGAACUGCAGUGGAGGCCAACCUGAAAGAACCUCAGGGUAACCUGUACCAGUGGGGUCCCUUCUGUGAGAUACCUAAAGACAACAGUGAAAAAGUCGACAGCUUUUUGUGCUAUAAGGAAAAAUUGGAUUUGAAGGCUGAGGGACUUGAACGACAUACGGACUUUUUACUGCCCCAUGAGAGAGCUAGCCAGGACGGCAGUGGCUUUUCUCGAAUUCUGAGCAUGUUGGCAGAUCCUACCAAUACACAGGAAAAAAGAAGACGUAGCUUCCCUGAUAUUGAGGAUGAGGAGAAAUUUCUCUAUGGGGAUGAAGAGGAGGAUAUAAAAUCAGAAUCCCCACCUAAGUCUCUGGGGGCUCCUGAGAGUAAAGUUGCGAGACUGAAGGCAAGCUCUCUGCCUUCAACUCCAGCCAUCAAGCUAGAAUCACUAGAAGAGAGCAAUCCAGAAUAUGCCAAGAUUCAUGACUUGCUUAAGACCAUAGGACUGGAUAUUGGAGUAGCAGAAAUUAGUAAAUUGGCUGCACGCACCCAAGAAAGACUUCAUGGCAAGAAGCCAUCUUCACGUUCCUUAGCUGACCGACGUUCAUCUGCUGACAGACAUUCAUCUGCUGAUCGACAUUCAUCCGCUGACAGACACUCAUCCGCUGACCGACGCUUUUCAGAUGACCGCUGUUCCUCAAUUGACCACGGUUUCACAACUGAUGGGCCCUCAUCAGAUCCUCACAGACUGGAGAGUAGGGAGGCACAUCACAGCAAUACUCACUCCCCAGAAGUAUCCCAUCCACACCCAGCCUCCCCAGUGGAUCCUUACCUGCUCACAAAAAAUAGCCCUCCAUUCCUAAAGUCUGACCAUCCAAUGGGUCAUGUUUCAGGACCAGAGAUAGUUGGCAGUGGGUUUCAGUCAUCAGUUGCUGUUAGGUGCAUGUUGCCUUCAGCCCCAUCUACCCCAAUUAGACUUCCUCAUUCUGCUUCUUUAUCUCAGUAUCACAUACCAAGGGCUCCUCAGUUUGCUACAGCUCGGAUACCGCCAAACUACCAGGGACCUGUCAUUCCCUCUGCCUCCUUUGAUGCUUAUAGGCACUACAUGUCCUAUGCAGCAUCAAGGUGGCCCAUGUAUCCUGCCUCUCAACCAUCAAGCCACCCUUUGUCUGACCCACAUAGGCUAAUACCAACAACCAAACAAGCUACUCGUAGUCGUCCAAAUCUCCGUGUGAUCCCCACUGUGACUCCUGCAAAGCCCAAACAAGGCGUAUCAGUUCUAGGCUCAAUUUCUGUUAAGCGAGUUCCUGUUCGGGUGUCCAUUCCAUCACUCGUAAGAUAUAAUCCAGAGAAGAUCUCUAAUGAGAAGAACCGUGCCUCCCAGAAGCAGAAGGUUAUUGAAGAGAGGGAAAAGCUGAAAACUGACCAGGAAGCCCGGCAGAAGAAAAUGUUUUAUCUCAGGACAGAGUUGGAGCGGCUUCAUAAACAACAAGGGGAGAUGUUGCGCAAGAAGCGAAGGGAGAAGGAUGGUCACAAAGACCCACUUCUGAUGGAGGUGAGUCGACUGCAGGACAGUAUCAUGAAGGAUAUUGCAGAGCUACACAAAGAGACUGAAGAGGCAGAAAAGAAGCAGUCUGAACUGGACAAAGUGGCUCAGAUCUUGGGAAUUGACAUCUUUGAUAAAUCUCUGAAAUCUUCGAAUGACUGUAAAGAGUAUACAGAGAAGCCUGAAAAAGGAGAAAAAUCUAAGAGCCCAGAAAAAGAGUUGUCACCCUCAAAUGGUUCCUCUAACAACAAGGAAUCAAACGUAAAUGAAAACUCCUGUAUAAAGAACCCUAAUUCUACUGAGAGCCUCCAGCCAACUGCUAAGCAGUCUGAUCAGCCUGUUGCUGCUUAUGAGUAUUAUGAUGCUGGCAAUCACUGGUGCAAAGACUGCAAUACCAUCUGCGGGACCAUGUUUGACUUCUUCACCCAUAUGCACAAUAAGAAGCACACACAGGGGCAGUCCCAAAAGUCUUCAUAUUUUCAAAAGGAAGGACUGAGGCAAACAUUUCUGCUCCAGUGAUGCAGGGAGAAACCACAGAGACUGUGGAAAUAAUGAACGUCCUUGUGGCCAGGAGGCAAGUGACUCUUAGGUGACUUACUGAAGGUAGGUCUGGCUGUUUGCAGCUAUAUGGAGAAAGCCCUUUCAUUUUAGCUACCAGGAAACCGUGGAUUGGUGGGUAAAUAUGUGUGUGUCUUUAUAACUGGAGGAAGGACAAUCUAAGACUAGACAUACUGGGUGUAUAUUUCAGCCUUGCCACUCUACGACACCUUAUUGGAUUGAAUAAAUUACUAAACUUUUAACAUAGAGGUUAAAAUUAGUUUAACCUCUAUGUUAAACUAAUGGGAGCUGUUAAGAUGUCUCAGUCAGUAAAGGGCUCCCUGCCAAGCCUGACGACCUGAAUUUGAUCUUUGGGACCCACAAGGUGGAAAGACAGAACCAACUCCUACAAGUUGUCUUCUGAUCUCCACACAUACCACUGCACAUGAAUAAAUAAAUAAAUGUAGUUUUAAGGAAACUGAACUUUAGGCUUUCCUAGUCUUUCUGGGGCACAUGUUUCAGUAUCUUUAGGUGGAAUCUGUCUUAGUUCUAGCCUCACUUCCUAGAAUAAAGGUAGAAUUGGAUGUGGUCUUGGAGAAAUGGGAUACAAAUAGGCUGAGGAGGCUCAGGAGGGAGGGACAGUCACAAACAUGUUUUAAAAGUGCUAGGCUAGGUUGGGUAUGGUGGGGACACUCCUUUAAUCCCAACACUCAGGAGGAGAGGCCACCCUGGUCUAUAUUUUGAGUUCUAGGCCAGCUAGGGCUAGAUAGUGAGACCCUGUCUCUGGAGAGAGAGAGAGAGAGAGAGAGAGAGAGAGAGAGAGAGAGAGAGAGACACUACAUGCACACAGGCCUAAGGACACCUGAAGAAGGUGUAAGGCUCUUUGGAGCUGGAGUUAAAGACAGCUGUAACCUACCAUGUGGGUACUAGGAAUUGAACCCAGGUCCUCUGGAAGAGCUGCCAGUGUUGUUAACUAAUGAGCCAUCUCUGCAGCCUCCCGCCCCCAGUCUUAUUGCAUCUAUAACACGUGGUUGGCACAUAGGAGCACAUAGCAUUCUUACCAGUUGCCUAACAGAGUAAGGCUCCUUAGUCUUUCGUCUAAUACUACUAAGGUGGGGCUUUUAUAAGCCUGACUAAGAUAUUGUGGGCUGAGAACCAUAGUGGGGAGGAGAACCAGCACCCAGUAAAACUUAGCUUAGUCCUUUAAACCCCUGUGAUUAUUUAACUUUCACCUACCACAGCUACAGGUUGAUCCAAAACACUGUUAGCCUAACUUUGCUGCUGGUUUGUAAAUCCAGGCAGUUUUAGAGUCUGGGACAUGUAGUUUACUGUCCAAAUCUGUGGUUUGUUAACUCUCAGGAAUACUCAUAACACUGUAAAAAGUAAUCUAAAAAGAGCAUGAAUAGCUAAAGCCCUAAAACAAGAAGGAAAUUACCUCAGGGCCUUUAGCUACAGAGAGGUUUCUAAAGCAUGAUGUGCAGGUGAGCUGUGGAAAACAGCUUGGUGCCAAGACAGCAACACUUUGUCAACACUUUCACCAUCACCUGUCACACUCCUCUUCCCAGGGACAGUCAAGACUGUGAUUCUGGGUACAGGCCAGCUCAUUGGCUGCUUUCACCUCAGUCCUCUAGUCAUGUCUGGACUCCAUGGCUGAGGUGUGCUGCGGUAGGCUCGGGGGUGGGGGAUGAGAACAUUUCUGAAUAAUGCUUUCCCAUUGGGUUUGUAUUUACUAUGCUGGAGUCCACAUAUGUUAAAAUGAUAAACAGUUAGCUGAGCGGUGGUGGCACAUGCCUUUAAUCCCAGCACUUGAGAGAGUUCGAGGCCAACCUGGUCUACAUAGUGAGCUCCAGGACAGCCAGGUCUACACCUGGCUCAAAACAAACCAAAACAGAAGUUUAUAAGGGUAAGAUGAUGCUGGAAAACAAGAGAAAGAUGAUAUGGGAUCAACCAUACAAGUUCUUUACAAGUUAGGGAUUGCUAUGUUUAUAAGAAAGCAAAUUCAGAGUCAGUCUCUCAGUCUCUUUCUCUCCCUUCCUACCUCUGCUCUGUGUGGGGUGGUAGUGAUGAUGUGCAUGUGUAUGCAUUUGUGUGAUGUGUGUGGUGUUAUAUGCCUGAGUAUGUAUGUGUGUGUAUGUUUGUGUGUGUGUGGUGUGUCUGUGUAUGGUGGAUGCUAGGAUGCUGGGGACUGAGCCCAGUACUUUGAAGAUGUUAGGCAUGAAUCCUAUUACUAAGUGGCAUUCUCCUCUCUGUUUUUAUUAAGGGAUACAACUACAAAAACUAGAGCUUUCUAGGUAAAGGUCUAAAACGGUGAGAAAACACAAGGAACAUUGUCAAUAAGACUAAAAAACACACAGGUAAUUUUUCAUUAACUUAUUAGAACCGAGUUAUUUUCCUUUCAAAUGUUUUCUAGUCAGUUCUUUUUUUAAAAAAAAGAUUUGUUUAAUAUUCAUGGAUAUGAGUUUUUGCUUGCAUGUAUGUCUGUGUACCACAUACGUGCCUACAGAGGUCAAAAGAGGAUAUUGGGUACACUGGAACCAGAGUUACGGAUGGUUGUAAACCAAACCCCUCACUCUGCAAAAACAAGUCAGUCUCAAAAACCACUGAGUCAUCUCUCCUGUCCUCUAGUCAAUUAAAGUUUUAAAAAGUUACCUAGAACAAAGUUGGGUUUUGUUUUGAUUUGAUUUGUUUAGGCGGCAUGAUGCUGUUGGGAUAAACUCUUGUGUAGCAUUGAUGGGCCUCAAUUUGCCUGUUGAGCUCUUGAAUGAGGUGAUUACAGGCAUUGGCCACAUAUCUAGCUCAAAGUUCUUGGCAUUGUCUUAGAAGUCACAAGCAUAUAUGCGAGCAAGUUUACAGAGACAUAAAAUUAGUGGUUUAUAAUUGUGAUCAAACUCCCUGCAAAGUUAACAAACACAUAAUAACAGUGAUACACAUGUGAAGCUUUAUAGUUUGCACCACACUUUCCCACAUUCUCUCAUUUGCCACAUAUUUAAUGAUACACAUAAUUUGUACUACAUGCUAAUUAAGCUUAAUUAGCAGGUCUUGUGAAUGACUGUAAAUAGUAGGAAUGGUUUGCUACCAAAGCAAAUUUUCAGGUUUUUAAAAAUUAGCUACCUGAUUUUUUUGUUGUAGGUUUUUUUCCGAGAUGGUUCCUCUGUGCAGCCCUGGCUGUCCUGCAACUUGCUCUGUAGUCCAGGCUGGCCUCAGACUCAGAGAUUCGCCUGCCUCUGCCCCCAAGUGCUGGGAUUAAAAAUGUGUGCUACCAGCUGGCACUUCUUUAAUCCCAACACUUGGGAGGCAAAAACAGGAGGAUCUCUGUGAGUUCAAGGCCAGCCUGGUCUACAUAAGCAGGUCCAGGACAGCCAGGGCUACACAGAGAAACCUUUUCUUGGAAAACAAAAGCAAAAUGUGUGCACCACCACAGCCCAGCUUAGUUACUUGAUAUUUAUAAUUGUGCUUAGUGUAAUCAUAUUGUCUUGCAUCAUACAUGUAGACAGUUAUGUAUUGACAGAAGUGAGCUGCAUGUUUGAGAAUAUAACAGUGGUAGAGCACAUCUUUAGCAUGUUCAGUCCCUGAGUUCAAUCCCAAGUGCUGCCAAAAAAAAAAAAAAGAAAAAGACAUUGCGCCUGGCAGCUGAGCUUCCCUCCCUCCAUGGCCUUCCUCGUUACCAACUCUUAAGUCCUCCUGGUCCCCUCUUUUCUUCACAUCUCUUCCAGUGGUACCAGUAUUUACACCCAAAGGAGCCUGUGUAUAGUGUGCCACAUUCAUUUACCAACGUGUAUUAUUUAUUGAGCAUUAGGUGCAAGGCUUUGAGCAAGGCACUGGAUAUAUAGGAGAAGGCAAGACUGCCCUGGUCCUUGCACUGACUAAGGGAAUAGCUUAUAUUUGGUUGUGUGGAGGGGUGAAGAGGAAGUUGGCAAGCCUAUUUUACUUCUAGAAUAUAAUGUACACUCUGAUAAAGAUGGUGCCUUUUUGUUUUGUAAUCAUUGAUGUUGAGCUGUUUGGGCUUGGGCUUUGUCUACCCUCCGGCAGAGGAUGAUACUAUGGGAGAGCCCCUAGUGCCCAUGCCUGGUAUUGGAUACAUAGAGGGGAGCUAAGGUCAGGCAGGAUUGCUAAACUGGUAUAAGCAGAAGUGUGCUUCUUUUGUUAAUGGUUUCAUGGUUCACCUGUGUGAUGCACGCAUCAGUACUGCAUUCCUUUUCACCCUGAAUAAUGUUUGAUAAUGUGGAUGUGGUUCUCGUCUGCUUUGUACUGCCGUGAUAAACACCAUGACCAAAAGCAAUGGAGGAGGGAAUGGUUUAUUUCCUCCUGCGACUUACAGUCCUUCAUGAAAGGAAGUCAGGGAGGGAACUCACGCAUGAGCCUGGAGGCAGGGACUGAAGCAGAACCACAGAACAUUGCCACUUACUUGUUCUCCAUGGCUUCUCAGCCUGCCUUCUCACACCGGCAGGACAACCUGCCAACGAGUGGCACCACACAAGGCAGGCAAGGCCCCAAUGUCAAUCAGUAAUGAAGAAAGGGUCCCUCAGGCAUGCCCACAGGGUAGUCUUGAUGGAGGCAGUUCUUCAGUUGAGGCACCAUCUUGCCAGGGAUCCUAGUUUUGUGUCAAGUUGAUAAAAACUAACUGGCACAUGUUUGUUUGUUCGUUUGUUGUUAUUAUUUGUGUGGUAUUUAUAUAUCACAUGUUUUUUAAUUGGUGAACUUUAGAUUUUUUUUCACCUUUGACCUAUUACAACUAGUUUUGGUGUGAAUAUUCAAAUUAACUUUUUGUUAAAAAUAGUUAAAAACUUAUGUUAUCAAACAAACAAAAAGCCAUCAGACCCAAAGACUCAGCAAACUUCCAUACAGUUAGAGAAGCCGUUAGAAUGAAAGCUAUGGAACUCUACACUGGAUUUUAUACUCUCCCUGGCAACUACGUACUGCAAACUACUAACUGUUUUAUAUGCUGUAAACUACCAAAAAUGAAAACAAAAAUAGUUUUGAGUGGUGGAUUUAUUUUCUUUUUUAGGACUUUAAAAAAUACCUACAGAUAUGUCUGUGCACCUCUUGAAGGUUGCUAGUCUUGGAGGCCAGAGAGGGCAUGGGAUGAAUCCCUGGGAACUGGAGUUACAGAUGGCUGUGAACCACAAUGCGGGUGCUGGGAAUCAAACCAAAGUCCUUGAGUCAGGGCUCUUAGGCAUUAUUCAUCUCUCCGUUCCUUGAGGGCAUGUUUCAUUUCUCUUCGGUUAUAACUGUGAGUAGAAUUAGAAAGUGAUAAUGUUAACACCAUUUUUAAGGUUUUUAAGAAUCUUCCUUUCACCAUUUUACAUUACCACCAACAAUGUGCAAGGAAUCCAGUUUAGCUAUAUCUUUGCCAACACAAUAGCAACCAUCCUAAUGGUGGGUUUUAAAUGAGUAUCCUAUUGUGGUCUAUUUUCCUAAUGACUUAUGAUGAAUCAGGAACUGUAAGCUGUUCUUUAAAAUACUGCUGUAUUUGCUUUGUUUUUGGUUGCUGGAGUUUUCAUUAUUUAUUUUAUUUUUUUGUUUUCCAAGACAGGGUUUCUCCAUGUAGCCCUUGCUGUCCUGGAACUCUCUGUAGACCAAGCUAGCCUCAAACUCACAGAGAUCCUCCUGUCUUUGCCUUUUCAGUGCUGGGAUUAAAGGUGUGCUCCACCAGCACCCAGCUGGUUGCUGGAGUUUUGUUUGCUUGGUUUUGUUUUGUGUUUUGAGAUAGGAUCUCAUAUAGCCCAGGCUAGCCUUGGACUGUAGCUGAGGAUGGCAUAAAACUCCCAAUCCUGUGUCUACCUUCCAAGGUCUGGAGUUAUACAAAUGCAUCACCAUACCUGCUGUGGAGCCAUUCAUGUUGGGGGGGGGGGGUGGCAUUCAGGUGUCUCCUCAAAUGUGUCCCGGCCUUAGUUUUUGAAAUGGAGCCAGGGCCAGGUGUAGUGGACACCUUCAAUCCCAGUACUCCGGGCACAGAGGCAGGUGGGUCUCGGUGAUUUCGAAGCCACCCUGGUCUACAGAGUGAGUUCCAGGAUGGUUAGGACUGUUAACACAAAGAAACACUGCCUCAAAAAAAAAAAAGGGAGGGAGGGAGGAGAAAGGAAGGAAGGAAGGAAGGAAGGAAGGAAGGAAGGAAGGAAGGAAGGAAGGAAGAAAAGAAAUGGAAUCUGGAAUCAUUCACUGAACUAAGAGUGCUUUGAUUGGCUAGCUAAGGAUCUAUAUGGAUUACAGGUGUAUACCAUAGCGUCUGGGUUCUAGAGAUCCAAAUUCAGGUUCUCACGAUUAUGUAAUAGGGGCUUUACUAAGUGAGACCACUCCUCAACCUUUGACACAUUUUUAAAUCUUUUCACAUCUGUGUUUUUAUUUACAGUAUUUUGUUGAAUGUCUUUUUUAUUCUGUUUGAAUGGGGCUUCAGAGAUGGCUCAGCAGUAAAUGGCUGACAUUACAGACAGCUGUAACUCCAGUUCAAGGAGAUCCCACUCCCUCUUCUGGUCUCAGUGGGCACUGUAUAUGGGUGCACCAAUAUACAGGCAGAUGAAACAUAAAAUAAAAUGAAAAUAAAAAAUAUAUCGGAGUAACUGCAUAGCUGGUAACAAGUUUAAUAUUUAUAAUAAAGUCUGGUUUAAAAGUUAAAAUGCAGUCUGCAACUUAAAUUUAUUCUGUUAGGCUGUGGGGGCUGGGACUUUCUUUUUAAAUCAACUUUGUUGUCAAUGUCAUACAUGUGUGUAAUGUAUUCUGGUUAGUGCCAUCCUAUACGCUUUCUCUAUCUCUUUUCAGCACCACCCCCACCACCCCUAACCUACUAGUCCCUUCCCAGGUCCAUGACGUUCAGGUUUGGGUUUUGGUCUGUGACCAGUUCCUUUUAGUUGGAACUGUCCACUGCAUUCUGGUGUUGUCAUCAGUGACAACACAACACUUUAAAGUCUUAAACUAAGUAAAAAAUAUGUGGCUGGUGUUUAACUUAGAUUUUAACUUAAAUUUCAGGCCAUAGAUUGUGUGCAGGACCACAAUGUGGGACUUACACACGGGGUGAAGAGUACAUUUAGGGGACUCUCCAUACUGCUUGCAUAGCAGUUAUGUGCCAGUUAUGUGUUGAUAUUAACUUGUCCAAUUCCCACUUCAACCCUGUGCCCUGGAGACUGUUAACAUGUUAUUAGUCCUUGUACAAACAAACAACAACAACAACAAAAAAUGACAGAGGGAGGGUGAUUUAGCAAAGGGGUUUCACAUCCCCUUGCUCUCAGCUCUGCACCACAAAGGAGGAAUUAAACCACUUAGAAAAAUGCCUGUCUGCCCCUCUGUCCCUGCUUUCUUCCUACUGACCCAGAAAUGAGCCAUUGAACUCAGGGUCCUUCCCUCCUAAAUCUGGCUCCCACUGGUUGUUUGAAGUUCUUUAAAGUAAACUGAUAAAUAGCCUCGGUCCCUCAGUUUUAAGUGUGUGUGUGUGUGUGUGUGUGUGUGUGUGCGUGCGCGCCCCAAUGAGCAAUCACAACUGAAGGGCUCAAGUGGGCGGGGCUGGCAGAGGGGCGGGACAUACCUGCGGGUGCCUAUAGUUGCUGCUCGGACUAAGCUGUCCCAUGAAGAACCAUGAGCUGGACUUGUCCGCGUUGCCAGCAACCCGUUUACUUCGGUGAGGCUGGGACUGAGGAGGAGUAAAGAUGAGUGUGAGCCCCCUGUGCCCCUGUAUCAUUGAGUGUGUGUUUGUGUGUGUGUUUGCAUGCACCGUGCCUGCCCUGCCACACCUCCAAGAGCCCAAGGCAAGAGGGUGGGCUGGAGUUUCCUCCUGGAGACAGCAUUGGAGACAGUGUUCAUGGUCUCCAGGGAGCAAGGCUGGUUGGUCUGGUUAACCCGGAAGGCUGAAAGGGCAAAAGAAGGGUGUCUGGCGUUGGGCUGGACUCCUUGCAGCCUGGAUCCACCUUGUUCCCCACAGCUGAGAAAGUGAGCUCCUUAGGCAAGAACUGGCACCGUUUCUGCCUGAAAUGUGAACGCUGUCAGAGCGUCUUGUCCCCUGGAGGGCAUGCAGAGGUGAGGUCUGACUAGGGUAACAGCCCUCUAUCAUACCCCCACCCCUAUAGACCCCAAUUUCAGCCUUGGAAACGUGUCAAAGAACCUGAGAGCUACCCACCCGAUGGGCCUCCUACCAGCCAGAAUUUGGCAGCCUCAGUGAUGCUGUUGACCCAUGGUUUUGAGGGCGGGGUAGGCAGCUGCUUGUCUUCCGCCCAUCCCCUCAACCCCUAGACCACCGUGGCAAUUCUGACAUGCUAGCCUAUCACCCACCCUUCCCAGACCCGUCAGAAUAGUUGCAGUGCACCUAUGCACCUGACAGCCUGUACAGGCGUGCCCCCUUGGCCCUGAGUGACCCUUCCCUCUGCCUGUGCUUGUGCCCAGCACAACGGGAGGCCAUACUGCCACAAGCCUUGCUAUGGGGCUCUCUUUGGACCUAGAGGUAAGUUCCAGCCCAGAAGGGGCCAGGGGCUAUAGAACUCUCCCUGUGGCUAGGAACUAGAGCUGACCUCCGUGAUUGGGUCUUCUCUCCGCAGGGGUCAACAUUGGUGGUGUGGGCUGCUAUCUCUACAACCCCCCGACUCCCUCCACUGCCAGGAGCAUUUCCCUCAGCCCCAGCAACUUUAGCCCCCCCAGGCCAAGGAUUGGCCUCCCCCAAGCUAAGAAAAGUAAGUGAACAUGGGCUUGAGCUGUUGUGCUCCCCGUGACCCUUCCUUCUUCAGGCUGCAGCAGACAGGGUAACUGCUCUUGGCAGUCCUGUCGGUGGCCUGUUUUUCUGCUGUCAUGUGAGUUGAGUUAAAAGGUAAAUUGGACAGAUAGCACGAUCACCCUCAUUUUGCAAGGGAUGUCCAGAGUAGACAGGUGGUUGCUAAUCAGAAGCAAGGCUGCUCUGGAAUUUGGGCCCCUCCCCCGGCCAGGACCAUAGAAGAGAGACCUAAAGCGAGGGCUCGUUAGGGUGGCCCCCACUCCUCAGAUUCUUCCCUAGUACUGUUUCUUCUCAUACUCCCCAGAGUGGCCAGGAACACCAUGCUCCCCAACACCUGACACCGCUGCCCUGGCCAGCUCCUAUAUCAGCUCAGGUUUCCUAAUGAUUGAGUUACUACAGCUCGGAGCUGUUGAACUGGUGGGCUCCUCGGGCCCUGGGAGGAUGACAAAGAAGCAGGUGGUCCCUAAUGAAGGUGACAAAUAACAUGGAAUGAGUCAGAAGGGACUGUGUCCUGAGCUCAUGGCUGCCUGGGAUCCGGUGUGGGUGUGGGGAUGAAGGGGUUUGAGGAGAGGACAGUGCCAUAUACAGCAGGGGCUAGAGGGCCCUGCUGAGGGCCUGGCCCCCACCAUAGCCCUGCCUGGGGCCUCUUCCCAUUAAAGGACCUCCUUACAUGAAGACAUUCACUGGGGAGACCUCACUGUGCCCUGGAUGUGGGGACCCUGUGUAUUUUGGUAAGUGACAGUGGAAAGCUUGGAGAGGAACACUGGUUAGGCAACAGGGCGUAGGGAGGUGAUUCAAGGCAGGUGGUUGUCCCUGCCCUGCCCUCAGAAUAGAAGAACUAUCACUGCUCUCCACCGACAGCUGAGAAGGUGAUGUCUUUGGGCAGAAAUUGGCACCGACCCUGCCUGAGGUGCCAGCGUUGUAGGAAGACACUGACUGCUGGAAGUCACGCGGAGGUGAGCAGGGCAGGGUUGGAGGUUAUGCUGGGAGGAAGGAGGCUAGAAGCAGGAAGAGAGACGGGCUGAGAGAUUCUUUUUCUGUGUUCCAGCAUGAUGGCAUCCCUUACUGCCACAUCCCCUGCUAUGGAUACCUGUUUGGCCCUAAAGGUGGGCAGCCUGACCCCAGACACUGGCUUAAAGUGCCAUAGCCAUAGAGAAUGUGUGGACAACUUCCCUUGUGGUCAAACAUCCCAGGCCCCUCCCCUCUCCAGUCCUCACCCAACGCCCUUUCCACCAAAGCCCUUGGUAACAGGGCUUUCUCCUUUAGGAGUGAACAUCGGCAGUGUGGGCUGCUACAUCUAUGACCCAGUGGACAUAAGACCCAAAUGAGCCAUUCCCAGGAGUGAUCACCUUAACUCAGGCUUCCCACCAUCUCCCUCGUAGUCCAUGGGAAGCUCUGGAAUUCUCUAGUCCUUCCGGGGAAGGAGAAGGUGAAAUCCUCAGGGCUUGGGCCUAGGCUCUGCGGUGGACCUGAGUCUAGACUUUCUUUGCCAAUUGUUUGCUUCCCCAUUCCUAUCUGGAUGCGCCUCCCCCUCCACACACACACCCUAGAAUGGUGAUUGCCUGGCUCCCCAGUUCCUUCUCCCAGCAGUGCUGGAGCUUCAAAGUGUAUUCAUAAUGGUCACCGAGUGUCAAGCUCUCUGGCUUCUCCAAUAAAAUGUUGACUCCCAUACCUUCAA